AACACACGGACUCCAGAACUUCAAGCACUCUUAGUCUCUCGAGCACAAGCAGAUGCUCCAAUUGCUUCGUCAAGUACCUCUGCGGAGCUAACAAGAGGACAGACCCGAUAACGCGCCACAACAAGGUCUUGAGACUAUGGGAGCAAAUGGACUUUUGAGCGCAUAUAUGCGCCUCGAAGAGCAGAUUAAAUUCCUACAGAACGAUAUUUUACAGCUGCGGAUGGACAAACAAAUGCUGGCACGCGAGCGAGAUUUACACCAGCGCGUCUUUCAGUUGUAUCACUGGCUUUCUCGGGUUUCUAACUAUUGUUUUCAUAGGGCCGCUUAUAAUAAGCUUGCGGAAUCUCUCUCACUAACUCUAGACCCUGCCAGCCUCAGUACCCUCUCCCCUCAGAGUCUGCCCGUGAUGCUAAAGGCGAAGGAAAUCGCAGUCCCGUCCUACAAUCGUGCUGACUUUCCCAGCGAGUUCAUAUGGACGAAGGAAGACUGGAAAAAGCGCCAGGAGAAACCAUCGACGCAGCUUGAAAAGUUGCAUCCACUGUGCUACAUUGUCGACAAGAAUAACAAGCCUAUUCCCUUGGAGCGUGUCACGGCAAUCCGUACCACAUCCCGACGGGUGUUCGUGGACAUCUGGAACAUCAAGGAGGCGCCCAAAAGCUGGGGAGCUGCAUCGGGGUCUGCCAGUAAGCUGUACUACCGAGAAAUGGUGACAUUCUUCCCUGAGCUUGGCUACUGUGACGGUAACUGGAAAUGCGACGCCAUCACGACUGCUAGCUAUACCUCUUGGCGCAAGAAUCAUAUCAGCCGCUUGGUUCGUGAAGGGACUUACAAGCCAACGGCAGAAGAUGUCCUCGACUUCGAUAAUCUCGAGACGCUGGACUCUGAUGAUACCGAUGGUGCCACUGGCGAUGUGAAGCCCAAAAAACGGACCCAUGACUCUGACCCACCUAGCAUCGCAUCAACUUCGAGCAAGAAGUGGAAGCCAUCAGAAAUAUCAGUCCCUGAACACAAAUUGCCAUCGCCAUCACCAUCGCCAACGCCAAUGCCAAUGCCACCGCUACCAGACUCAGACGAGUCGCAGCCCACUGACCUUGGCCAUUCUGACAACGUGAACAAGACGUGUGCAUCCAGGCCCCCCACCAAAUUUCGUGCACGGCCACUCAAAUUCGCAAACCCGCUUACCACUCUUGAACUGACUGCUACCCCAGCGGAGGAACCAAUAUCCACACAGCCGACCGGUGAACACACACCUUCCAUUGCACUGACCCCAGAACGCUCCCUGGAUCACUCUGACAUAGUACCUGACACCAAUCCACCAACGGCUGUUGUCGCCGACCUGGUACCAACUAGUACAACCACGGUACCUCUACUAGUGUUAGAUGCCUCCGCUACCAGCAAACCUCAUCCUAGUGCGCAAGCAAAGAAGUCAAGGAAGAUGCAGAUCGGGAAAGCACAGAAUGGACGUAACCUAUGUGCACGUGAAUGGCUCGCUCACAACAAGACUGGAUCAGCAGCCGAGUUCAAGACCUACUACGAUGGACUGUCGGAAGCACAGAAAAAAUCAUACGACGAGCUCGCUGCCAAGAAGGUAUGUAGCGACUACGACUAGAACAUGUUGCACCUACUGACAAGUACUCUUUCUACUAGGUUGCAG